AUGAAGCUCGAUACGAAGGCGAUUCGGUAUCUAACGGGCGAAGAUUGGCGAGUGCUCACAGCAGUGCGUAAAAUCGCCUUGCUUUCAAAUGCGUUGCAGCUGACGGGACGCUAAAAGUUGAACCCAGGUUGAGCAAGGGAGCAAGAAUCAUGAAGUCGUUCCGACGCCUUUGAUACAACAGAUUGCCGGUUUACGGGGAGGCAGCGGCGUCCACAAAUGCAUAUCAAAUCUUGCAAAAGUGGGACUGAUCGCGAAAGUCAAGAAUGCUCGAUGUACGUACAUGGGCAGUAGUGGGAAAUCUCGUGCAAAAGUUCUGACAUGGGACCAGAUGACGGCUACCGGCUCACGUAUGGAGGUCUCGACUAUCUCGCCUUGAACGCUCAUCGAAAGUCCAAUGUCGUGUUCAGCCUGGGCAAUCAAAUCGGCGUCGGCAAAGAGUCUGACAUCUACAUCACAGCAUCACCAGAAGGUCGUCAGCAAGUUCUGAAACUUCAUCGACUCGGGCGCAUUUCUUUCCGCACAGUCAAGGCCAACCGAGAUUACCUUCGCGCGCGGAGCACAGGAUCAUGGAUGUACCUCUCGCGUCUGGCAGCACAGAAGGAGCACGCGUUUAUGCGGGUCCUCCACCGGGAGGGGUUUCCAGUACCAGAACCUUUGGCAUGGAGCAGACAUACCGUCGUCAUGGAGUUCAUCGAUUCGUUUCCACUUCGAAUGAUCGAGACCGUCGCAGAUCCAGGCAAGCUGUACGCAGAUCUGAUGGAUAUCAUCGUUCAGCUUGCAAGGCGCGGCUUGAUCCAUGGUGACUUCAAUGAGUUCAAUCUCCUCAUAAAAGAGCAGAGCGUCGGUGACAAGGUCAAGGUGCUGCCCAUUCUGAUCGACUUUCCUCAAACGGUAAGCACGAAUCAUGUGAACGCACAAUUCUACUUCGACAGAGACGUUGCAUGCGUCAAGCGCUAUUUCGAGAGGAAGUUCAAGUAUGUCUCCGACGAGCCGGGUCCGUUCUUUGCAGACGCGAUAAAGGGCGCAGACCGAGAGAGAAGAUUGGACAUUGAGGUGGAAGCAAGUGGGUUCUCGAGGAAGAUGGGCAAGGAGCUUGAGCGGUUCGUAGAAGCUACAGCUGGAAAUCAGGAGGAACAGAAUGCUGCGCAUGAGCAACAGGUCGAAGAGGAAGAGGAUGACGAGGUCGACGAGGCGGAUGAUGAGGAGGAGAAGCUGGAUGGCAAUGAGGCUUCCGCAGCCGAUCAUGAAUCGGAUAGCCUCCAGCUGGCAGAGGAGAUGGAGACGUUUGUCUUGGAUGAUGGGUCAAAUGCAAGGCCUUACAACUUGUCAGACUUCGGGCUGCAGCCACUUGAGCUAUCGCAGGACCCGGAUGUGGUCGCUGAGAAGGUUCGGACGAAAAAGAAAGCUACAGGCUGGGCAAUAUAA